UGGUGGGGAUAAGAAGCGUAGCUUAGAAAUACAUUGCUUAAACCAAUUUAUUUCUCCAUUUAGUCAUGUGUGCUAAAAUGCAGAUAACCUUUGUGACGCUCCUUUUUGUGUUUAUAACCAACGCAACACAAAUCAAGAACUUUGAAAUUUCGAAGUGCAACAAAAAUAAAUACCCAGUGGUUGUGUAUAAUCCCUAUGUACAGAUAAAGGGGUCGAAAAUAGGGAUCAGCGGGACGCUAACAUCUUCUGUAAAUUUAAGCAGUCCAAUUUCAGCGCAGUUGGUUGUUAAGAGAGACGUUUGGGGAGUAUGGAUACCUGUGCCAUGCGUCGAUAAUAUCGGAUCAUGCACAUAUUUAGAUUUAUGCAAAUACAGCAUCCCCAAGGGAACUGACUGUCCCCAGGAAUUGAGGGAUAAUAAUAUACCUUGCAGGUGUCCAAUUCCAAAAGGGAAUUACACAAUUCCAAAGUCAUUUGAAAAUGGGAUUUCACUGAAAUCCAUUGUAAAUGGAAAGUACAAAGGGACUGCUUUAAUAAAUCAUGGUAAAAAGACACUGGCUUGUUAUAAUUUUAGUUUUGAGUUGUAUACAGAGUCGAAUGAGCGAAAUAUUAAUUAUAACGAUUUAGAACCUUUUGUAACAUUGAUUUAGUCAUUUUUUAUAUAAAUAAAUU